AUGCGCUCGCGGUUGUCGUCGGCGUCGGACUGUUGGCCGGCGCCAGAGCCCCCACCAAACCUGCCUGACCUACACCUAGUUGAUGCUAGCUCACCGGCUCUGGUAAACAAAUGGUUCAGCGACCGAUUGUACGUCGAAUGUCUUGCAGAUGUGGCCUUAGUGGCGUUCGCCUUCUGUCCGCCUGCCGCCGCAUUUGUAAUUCAAUGUGAUAACGGUUCCGAGAGCGUUCGCGCGUUUAGUUACGUUCCCGUUGAUUCUGGGUCGUGGCACAAAGGAAUGCCAAAUGCCCGCACAUGCUUGCUGCAUCAAAAACUGCAGCUUCUUAACUGUUGUAUCAAAAAAGCUCUGGAAGGGAACGGUAGCUUAGCAGGCAACUCUUCAGAAGAUGAAUUUUUUGAUUGCUCAGAAGGUGAAAAUGAGGACCAACUGCCAUGGGACCGACCUGUAGGCCGUCUCAGUCGUUUUGGAGAUGCAGUUAUGAAGAAUGGAGCACCCUUAUAUGUACCCCGUACACAGGAUCCUGCGCCAAAGACGGAAGAUCAGCUGGAGGAAGACGCAGAAUUAAUGGUGCGGCUCGGUGACGAUGCAAAAGCAUCGGAACUUCGAGCACGGAUGAUGAGUGCCUCGCUUCUUUCUGAUAUGGAAGCGUUUAAAGCUGCUAAUCCAGGAGCUGAGCUGUGUGACUUUGUACGCUGGUAUUCACCGAGGGAUUGGAAGCCGGAAGACGGUGGAUCAUUGGGGGAUCGUAUGCUUCUGCCGGGUAAUCCGUGGGUAGAAGCGUGGGAGGUAGCUCGGCCUGUUCCUGCAUCGAGACAGCGAAGGCUGUUCGAUGAAACUAGGGAAGCUGAACAGGUUUUACACUUUUUACGGUCGAGGACAGUGAGCGCAACUGCAGAGUUGCUACUACCGGCAAUACUUCGGGCAGGAGCUUUGAAAGCGCACGAAGAGGGAGGAACUUGUACUAGUUCCAACGUCGGUGGUGUCGAUACAAGGAGGACAUUUGAAAUAGCUGCCCGAGAGCUGGUCGAAACUGAAAGGGAAGUGUGCAGAACAUUAUGUGUUCGUACUGUUCUUGGGCCUAGCCCGGAAGGUAAACCGCUGGAUGUGGCCGGUAGAACCAGGAUACUAAAUAUAGCUGGAGGAGUAUUGCCUGCUCCGGCUCGGCGGGAAUUUACACUCCGAGUGCGGGAUGCGAUUGCGCCACAAGUAAUGCGCGCUGCUCUCUCCGGGGAUAUGACUAUUGUAGGAGCCUUCACCGAACGUAUCGUUUGUUUGUAG